GUUCAAUACAACAGCCCCACGAUUCUGCAACCAAACCAUCGCAGACAAGCUGGGAAUUCCGAGCUUCUUCGCUCAUUCAUCCGGAGCUGGGAAAACCCCCGCAAACAUGUCAUUGUCACGGCUGCACACGAAUGUUCCCCGUGCGAAUGAGGAUGGCGGGUCCCUUCUCUCUCCUAACGGUUACGACGAUGAUGCCUCUUCCGUCCACUCCCGAAGCGAGCAAGACACCGAUAGCGAUGACGAUCAACUACAAGCACGCGCGCGGAAUAGUCGCGAGCUACGCGCCCGAGAUAGAAUGGUGCUCAUGGAAGACGAAGAGAUAGAAGGCUUGGUCACGGAUACUCGGAAGAAACAAGAGCGCUCCCGGAGAGGCUCAGGGCUUAACGUCCCAAACCCACUCAAGAUGAUACAGCGCCGAGGGAGCAACGCUUCGAUCAACAGCUCGGCUGAGGACCUCAACGACGUCAAGCGGCAGACCCGACGAGCCCGGCGCAAGCAAAAGAAGGCAAGGCUGAUGGAGAGCGCACAGCAUGGAGAGGACGGCGAGCUCAUGUACGAGAUGGAAGAGGGUGGAGUGAAGGAGGGCAGCUCGACAGGCGACAGCAGCGAGCGCGAGGAUAGCGACCAAAUCGAUCGACGGCGAAUGGGCCUAGUCGCAGAUGCCAGAGCAAGAAAGGGCCGUAGUUGGCGGCGGUGGCUGUUCAUCCACAGCUUGAUCGCCAUUGGUUUCGCGAUUCUGGUGCUUAUGGCCUGGAAGCUGUCAAGGAACAGGAAGAGCCUCGCAAAGCAGGACUUUGUGAGCAAUGGAACGGCGCUGUUUGCGCCCACGACCAUCAUCAUCAGCCUGGACGGUUUCAGGGCGGAUUUCCUACAGCGGGACAUUACGCCCAGAUUAAACGCUUUCAUCAAGGAGGGCGUGUCGCCAAAGUACAUGCUUCCAUCUUUCCCAUCGGUUACCUUCCCGAACCACUACACAUUGGCAACAGGUCUCUACCCCGAGAGCCAUGGUGUGGUGGGCAACACAUUCUGGGACCCCGAGCUGUCCGCCGAAUUCUACUACACCGACCCGGAGCGCAGCCUCGAUCCCAAGUGGUGGGGCGGCGAGCCCUUCUGGGUGACUGCUGAGAGGCAAGGCAUCCGCACAGCUGUGCACAUGUGGCCCGGCAGCGAAGCUGGCAUUCUCGACGUCGCGCCAAGCUUUCUCGACAAGUUCAACGGCAAGGAGCCUCUCGAGAACAAGGUGUCGCGCAUCCUGGAGUUCCUGGACAAACCUGGCAAGGAAGACAAAGCAGCAAUGGUUGCGGAGAUGCGACCACAGGUUGUUGCAGCCUACGUCCCCAACGUCGAUUCACACGGUCAUAAAUACGGCCCCAACAGCACCGAGAUUAUGGAGACUAUUAGCAAGGCCGAUACGAUGCUCGAGCAGAUCUUUCACGGUCUGGAAGAUCGCAAUCUGACGGAUAUUGUCAAUGUUAUCGUGGUGUCUGACCACGGGAUGGCCACUACUGACACAUCACGCCUGAUUCAGCUAGAGGACCUCAUCGACACUUCAAAGAUUGAGCAUAUUGAUGGCUGGCCAUUGUAUGGCUUGCGACCGUACAAAUCGGAAGACUUGAAACCACUGUAUGACCAACUCGUCGAGAAGGCAAAGUCGAACGAGAACUACGAAGUCUACCUUCGCGACGAGAACAUGCCCGAGAGGUAUCAUUUCUCCAAGAACGACCGCAUUGCUCCAUUGUGGAUUGUGCCCAAGACUGGCUGGGCGAUCGUGACAAAGGAGGAGUUUGACGUCGAAAAGGCCAAGGCCGACGGUACCGUAUACCAUCCCCGUGGUCUACACGGCUACGACCACGAGCACCCCUUGAUGCGAGCCAUCUUUGUCGCACGUGGCCCAGCGUUUCCUCAUCCAGCGAACAGCGAAAUUGAGGUCUUCCAGAACAUUGAAGUGUACAAUAUGCUGUGCGACUCAGUCGGUAUGGAACCGAGGCCAAAUAAUGGAACACUGCGCUUGCCCCUGAAGCCGGUUGGCACGCACAAGCCCGAAGAUACGCCCGAGGUGCCCGAGGACCCUGUCCCGCAGACGCCUACAGCUGCCGAGGCGACCGAAGAGUCACGACCUACCCUGCCUGGAGAAGCAUCGCCCUCCCCCGGCCCAUCUGAUCAGGAAGGGGGUGAAGAGGGAGGACAUGAAGAGGAAGAAGGCGGGGAUAAGACGGACAGCAAAGAUGGCGACACGAAUAACGAUCAAGAUAAGGACACGGGCGGUGAUGAGAAGGGAGAGGAUGGGAUCAAGGGCCUCUGGCACUGGUUCACUGAUACGGUGGGCGACGUCUGGGACUCCAUCACCGGGUCAUAGGUGCCUUGGGAGGUUCGCACGUGUCCGCAUGAAUCAUUUUUCCUCAGCACGGAGUUUGGAGUAUUAUAAACCGGCUACACUUAAUAUCUAUUUGAUUUCUUGGAGAAAGAACAAUGCAUUUUACGUUUGGGGCUGCGCCAUCUCAGCUUGUAGAUCUUCAGGACCUGGCCGCAAUGGUUGAUCCUGCCUGGAUCAUGCCACGUCCUCGUCCAUAGGUUUCGUCUUGUUUCUGACAGAGCCAAUACCACAGCAUGUACACGGUAAAAGCAUGGAGACGGAUCAUCUCAUAUGUUCUUACCAUCUACACUUCCGUCCCUUGAGCGACUUCUGGAUGUAUUCCAACUGAAAAGCCUGAAUUCCAAAUGUUUU